ACGGACACGCUUGUCGCGCUCCCUUCGUCUCUUUCGUGCUUCCCACGCUGCUCUUUUGGUCGGAAUCAUUUCGGAGGCUCUCUCUCUCUCGCUUGUGCUGUUAUGCGCCGACUACGUCUCGGUGCCAUGACCAUGCCCACCACCAGCAUGCGCAUGCCUCUCUCCUCCUCCUCUUCACCCCUCCUCCAAAACCCUAACCCCUCUCUCCCCUCUCAGUUCCGCUUCCACAAUCUCCCCCAUGGAGCUCCCUUCUCUCGCUGCGCCUCUUUCCCCGCCGAUACCCGCCGCCGUUCCGUCCUCAACGGCUCCCUCCGCUGCGUCUCCUCCGCCGCCGCCGCCGCCGCCGCCGCCGCUGAUCGAGUCAAGGUCGACAACCCCAUUGUCGAGAUGGACGGCGAUGAGAUGACGAGGGUUAUCUGGAAAAUGAUAAAGGACAAGUUAAUAUAUCCGUAUUUGGAAUUGGAUAUCAAGUAUUUUGACCUGGGGCUACUGAAUCGAGAUGCUACUGAUGAUAGGGUUACUGUGGAGAGUGCGGAGGCCACCCUAAAGUAUAAUGUUGCUGUGAAAUGUGCCACUAUCACUCCUGAUGAAGCUAGGGUUAAAGAGUUCAAUCUGAAGGCUAUGUGGCGGAGCCCAAAUGGCACAAUAAGAAACAUAUUAAAUGGAACUGUUUUCCGUGAGCCAAUCUUGUGCCGAAAUAUACCACGGAUUAUUCCAGGCUGGAAGAAACCUAUAUGCAUUGGCAGGCAUGCUUUUGGAGAUCAAUAUCGGGCGACAGAUACAAUUAUUAAGGGUCCAGGAAAGCUUAAAAUGGUCUUUGUCCCAGAUGGAGAUGUGCCUGUGGAGCUAAAUGUUUAUGACUUCCAAGGGCCUGGUAUUGCAUUAGCUAUGUACAACGUAGAUGAGUCUAUUCGGGCCUUUGCUGAAUCAUCAAUGGCAAUGGCACUUGCUAAAAGUUGGCCUCUAUACUUGAGCACCAAAAAUACAAUUCUGAAAAAAUAUGAUGGCAGGUUUAAAGACAUCUUUCAGGAGGUAUAUGAAGAGAAAUGGAAGGAAAAGUUUGAGAAGCAGUCGAUAUGGUAUGAGCAUCGGUUGAUCGAUGACAUGGUGGCCUAUGCAUUAAAAAGUGAGGGAGGGUAUGUCUGGGCCUGUAAGAAUUAUGAUGGAGAUGUUCAGAGCGAUUUUCUUGCCCAAGGUUUUGGUUCAUUGGGCUUAAUGACAUCCGUACUG